AUGGAAAAUCAUCCUACCACUAGUACUACUUCCCAUUGUUAUCAUCAACCUUUUUCUAACAAUUUUCUUAUUGACCACGUAGAACGCCAUGAAGAAAAACCUGUUCAUCAUCCAACAGUCGAUAAUUUGCACAGUAAUCCAAAAAGGAAAAGAAGUAGAUUUCUUAAAAUUGGUGGUGAUGCUACUUCUUCUUCUUCGCCUAAAAUUACCAAAAAGCCACCAGACCCAACUGCGCCAAAAAUUACUCGGCCUUGUACGGAAUGCGGCAAAAAGUUUUGGUCAUGGAAAGCACUUUUUGGUCAUAUGCGUUGUCAUCCUGAACGUCAAUGGCGUGGUAUUAACCCUCCUCCUAACAUCAGGCCGCGCCACGAUGUUAGUAUUGUUGAAUCUCAUGAUUUUGGUGAAAUUAGCCCUAGAAAAAACCCCAAAUCGGUUUUUGAUGCGAUUAUGACCGAAGAGGAUCAGGAGAUUGCAUCAUGCUUGUUGCAAUUGGCUAGUGGAUCAUCAAAAUCUGAUGAAUUACCUGAUCAUGAAGAUCAACCUUGUUCUUCUUCAGGCGGAGGUGGAGGGAAGGAAUUUCGAUUCGAGUGUUCGGGUUGUAAGAAGGUUUUUGGAUCACACCAGGCAUUAGGUGGACACAGAGCGAGUCAUAAAAAUGUGAAGGGUUGUUUUGCAUCAGGUUCAGGUACUUCAGGAUUAACACAAGCUGUUAAUACUAAUUUGGAUCUAAAUUUUCCUCCUCCAGUUACAUUAAUCUCAGGUCAUAAUGAAGAUCAAUACGAUUCUUCGUCGUCUUAUUCGUCUGCUUAUUCGGGUUCAGCGUUGGAUUUGAGGUUGAAGCUAUAA